GCCUUGUGCGCCCCUGAGUCAACGGUGGUUACAUUUACUCCCAUCCCAAUCUAUAAUCAGCUGUACUCUCGUUCUACAUCUGGCAAUUUGCGUUGUUUCUAUCUUGUUCACUUCGUCGUUCGUCGCUCGUUAUCGUUUAGCCAUGAAGUCUUACAUGCAGUGGGCAGUCACUGCCCUCGCUGCAGUGCCCCUCUGCGCAGCUCAGACCUACAGCAGCUGCAACCCGUUGAACAAAACUUGUCCCGCUGACAAAGGCCUGAACCAGUGGUCCUUCAGCACUAAUUUCACCGUGGGGGAGUCAGCCUUUGACAGGUGGAAUACGACCGCCGGCACCGUGAACAGCACCUCGAAGGGUGCCGAAUUCAAGAUCAGUGAGCAGGGCGAUGCCCCAACCAUCGAAUCGAAUUUCUAUAUCUUCUUCGGCUACGUCGAGGUCACCUUCCGUGCGGCCAACGGAACCGGUAUCAUCAGUACCAGUGUGCUCGAAUCCAAUGACCUGGAUGAGAUUGACUGGGAACAAGUCAGUACCUAUGACGAUGAAAUUCAGACCAACUACUUCGGCAAAGGCAAUACCACCUCCUACGAUCGGGCCACCACUGUGAACGUCACCACCCCCGAGGAGACCUACCACACUUAUGGAGUGAACUGGACAGCCAGCAAGACGGAAUGGAUCCGUGAUGGCGUUGUUGUCCGUACCCUGGAAUAUGCCGAUGCUGUCGAUGGCAAGAACUACCCUCAGACUCCGAUGACGAUCCGUGUUGGCAUCUGGGCGGGUGGUGAUCCCGAUAACUCCGCGGGAACGAUUGAAUGGGCCGGUGGUGAGACCGACUACGAUGACGGUCCUUUCAUCAUGUACUUGGAGUCGGUCAAGGUCAUCAACUACAACCCGGCCGAGUACUACAACUACACGGAUAAGACGGGCGACUACACGAGUAUCCACGCUUACAACCUCACGUCGUCCAAGUCAACCAACUCGAACUCGAGUAGCUCAGGAUCGAGCUCAACGGGUACCUCUAGUUCGAGCUCGAGCUCGACCUCCACGUCUACAUCCAGCAGCGGUGCGACUGGUCUCUCGACCUCUGGGUCAUUGAUGGCGAUUCUGGCCGCGGCUCUACUGGCUGGAUUGCUCUGAUACCCUCCGUGUCUUAUCUUGUAUUCGCUCAUUUGUCCCCGCACUCAGUUCAUCCAGACUAUAGAUUCUUAGCAUGCAUAUGUGCAUCUCUUAAUUCAGUGUCAAGCCCAUGUGAGAUACGUCAGCCGACCACAUGAAACAUCCUAGCGCUUAUGUAGUACCGAAGGCUGGUUGGAUGAUGUCAGAUUGCUGCCCGGAGUGUUUCAGUCUGAUGAUUCGAUAAGCGGGAGAAUAUUCUGCCAUCCUAUCAAACCGUUGUUUUUACAGAUUGCUUGAUUGGCUACUUGCACCAACACCCCCGAUGAUCUAUUUUUAUACUCGUCAGGUUCCGCAACAAAUAUAGACUCACCUGUCAACGGCCUAACAAACAGUAUAGAUUUUGUGUACAGCUUCAGGAGUGCUAGAAUAGUCGCUCAAGCACCGGCGCUGG